CUCCCGCCGCGGCUGGCCGGCUGGGAGGCGGGGCGGGCGGCGCGGCAAGGUGUGUCCCAGGUGCCCGGCCUAUAUAGCAGGCCGCUCGGCGGGACGGCGCCCUGGCCCAAUGGCGGCGCCCGCCAUGGCUGAGCCGCGCUCCAAGCGGCCCCGCGUCACGCUGCCCGGUUGCCCGUCGCACCGCCCGCUGCCCGGCAGCCGGGUGCGGCAGAACUUCCCGCCCGCCGUGGAGGAAGGCCUCUGCGGCGUCACCGGCGCCCUGCUGGAGUUCGCCUAUUGCCUGCAGGCGCUGGGCGAAUAUUUUGAUCAGUCACAUGUGGCUCUACCAAAUGUUUCCAAGUUCUUCUUGCAUCAAGCUCUGGAAGAGAGGAAAGCUGCAGAGGCUUUGAUGAAGUAUCAGCAAGAAAGAGGUGGCCAUUACUGCUCUAAAACCAUCCAGAAACCGAACUCUGAGUAUGCAGUUGGUCUGGUGAAAGCCCUGGAAUUAGCAAUGGUGCAGUGGAAAACAAUGGUACGGUAUUUUGAAGAGCUUUAUGCCCUAAGUAUUGAAAAUGCAGACCCUCACAGUGCAAGCACCAUCAAGAAAAAGUUUAUUGAGCCCAAAAUCCGGAAGAUCAAGCUGAUGGGAGAUCUACUGACCAAUGCUCGCAGGCUUGACUGCUCCCAAGAUGGCAGAAACAGUCUUGGGGAUUACUUUAUGGACCGGUUGCAGAAAGAGUUCAGAACAGGCAUAGAGCCAGAGUCUAGUCAGCACUGCAGCCCCUGCCAGCCUCUCCAGCAGUGUACAGGAGCUGCAGAGGGUCUGAAGCGACCCCAGAGAGAAUCUUGCCAGCACAGAAAUGGCAUAGGGCCAAUAUAUGCAACCAUACACUGUACUACCACACUGCCACAGUGCAAUGACGGGACAGGAGCAAAAGUGAAGCAAGGCAGGGAGGGCCUUUAAUGCUGUAGCUGCUGCAGCUAUGAGGCAGUACCUAAAGCAGGCCUGUAUGGAGUGGGGCACGUGAGACAGGAGCUCAGGAGAUAUGGUGCUGUAUCACUCUUGCUUUACGCCCUGUCCCCUCAUCCUCCCAGUCACAACUCAGAAUCUAGCCCAUACUAUUACCUUAAAUGAUAACAAGGUUGUUAAUUACCUAGGUUGUCAGCAUUAGUCACAUUUACCUAUGCAAUUCCUCUCAGAAGCUAAAAACUUCUAAGCUUCUGUUCUGCCUUAAAUGGUUAACAGGGUUAGUGCAAAUUAUUUUUAAAAGUAUACAUAACUUUUAUAAAACCAAAAUUAAACCCCAAAACAAACAAACAGCCACAACUUUAGUACAAGGAAACGUCUGUGUGGCAGAAUAACCUAAAGCAUCAGUUUUAUAUUAAAUAUUUUAUAUUACUAAUAGAUUUUUAUAUUGUUAACAAGUACACUAACAUAAUGAACUUCUAAAAAAUACUUGCUGUAAUGUUUUCUUGUCUUAUUUCUAUCAUAGUAGCAAUUUAAGUAAACUAAUUUACUUAUUGCCCAGCUAUUUCUAGUGGUCUACUUCUCCAAGAUGAAGGAUGCAAAUGUUAUUCAACAAUGGGAAUAAGAUGCUAUGCUGGGUGUUUUUCUCCACUUCUUUGCCUAGUUGGCUUUUCUCAUCUUCAGAAAGAUAAGAGAUAAAUUGUGAGUUCUUACUGGAUAUAAUCCUCACAGUGUCUAGUGUGUAUUUUGUAAGUGUCAUUGAAGACACUAACUUGAGAGAUCUGUUCAGAUGUAAUCUUUUACUCUGUGCUACUGCUAUUUCUUGUAUUCCCUGUCCUGGUCCUUAGCAGAGGAGUAAGACUAGGGAAAAAAAAUCACAGAAUCACAGAGUAACUUCGGUUGCAAAGGACCUCUAAAAUUGAAUCCAACCAUCAAAAAUGCAGCACUUAACUGGAAUUGCAUCAUAGAGAGUGGCCAUGCAUUAAUUUUGCAUUUUAAUUAGAGCCAUGUUCAAUUAGAGGGAGUGUUAGCAUUGCUACAACUAAGGCCUUUAGCCACCUUGGCUACAGUUCAGAGGUAUCAAAUUCCUUCCAUUCAUCUCCUACAGGAAUGCCUCUUUUUUCCUGGUAUGCUGGCUACCAAGGGUACCUUAGAAGAGCAAUUGGCUAGAUCAGCUACCUGCAGCAAAGUUGUUGUCAUGCAUGCUAUCAUAUAUGUGAUUAGUAUUUGUUUCAUUGAAAGAUUCUCACACUUAUGUAAUUCAGUAAGCAAUAUUCCUGUUGUGCUUGAAAAUAAAUUCUUUUCCAUGUUAAAACUGGCA